AUGACAAAACAGAAGGGCUCAUUGGCGAUCUUGGCAGUCUGUGUGGGCGGAAUCUAUGCUGCCUUCAUCUCGUGGUCCUUGUUGCAAGAAAAGAUCAACACCAAACCGUACGGUAGCGAUAACCAAGUCUUCCGCGCCCCGUUGGUCAUCAAUUUGGUACAAAAUGUGCUCGCCUGCAUGGUAGGAACCGUCUAUCUUUCGUACAAGAACGGUCGGAAAAAUCCCUUCAUUAUCGGCCACUUUGUGCUUAUUUCCAUCACGCAGUCAAUUGCGUCGCCUGUGGGCUACGAGAGUCUUAAGCACGUGGAUUACUUGGCGUUUUUGCUCGCCAAAUCGUGCAAACUCUUGCCUGUGAUGUUCAUCCACAUUGUGGUGUACCAAAAGAAGUUUCCAUUGUACAAGUACGUGGUGGCUUUGUUGGUGACUGCUGGCGUGAUCACGUUCACCAUGUCUGGCCGCUCGGGAAAGCUGAAGGAUUCCACCCAUGAUGGCCAGAUGUUGUUGGGGAUGGCACAACUUGUGUGUUCGAUGUUGCUUGAUGGGUUUACCAACUCAACCCAGGACCAGGUUUUCGCCAACAACAAGGGCUUGGUCACUGGAGCCAGUCUCAUGGCCGGGUUGAAUCUCAUUUCGUUUGCCGUCACCGGUCUCUACACAUGUCUCUUUACCAACCAGCUUGCCUAUGCCUCUGAUUUCGUGGCCACACAUCCAUCUGUGUUGAACGACAUCAUGUUGUUCGGACUCUGCGGAGGUUUGGGCCAGGUGUUUAUCUUUAUGACCUUGGAGAGCUUUGACUCGUUGGUGUUGGUGACCGUUACCGUCACACGUAAAAUGUUCAGCAUGCUCCUCAGUGUGGUGCUCUUUGGCCACUAUUUGGGCUACGGCCAGUGGUUAGGUGUUGUCAUGGUCUUUGGCGGUAUCGGUUUGGAGGCGUGGUUGAAAGUGCAGUCAAAGAAGGUGGAAAAAAAAGAAUAG